GAAUGACGUGUUGUCAGGUAGGAGAGUUUGGGCAGCAGUUAUUGCCGGCGGCAGCGUUGCUUGUUUACAUGUAGGAGGCGACGUAGGUGAAGUAGUAGGUACCUCUGAACCUAUUUUGAAGCAGGUGGAGACAGGCGACGUAGGAGAAGUAGUAGGUGCUGUAGGUACUUGUGAACCUAUUUUGAAGCAGGUGAAGACAGACGACGUAGGUGAAGCUGCAGGUACCUCUGAACCCACCUUGAAGUGCAAGGCACAUCAUCCACAGAGACACCAUAAUGAGGUGUUACCUGUUACUUCUGUUAUUUAUUGGUGGUUCUUUUGGCCAGGAUGAAGCAGAGCCCAAGAUAACACUGGACCCUGAUGGAGAGAUACCAAGCGUUGAGGGCUUUGGUGGCAAUAUCGAUGUUGUUGAGGACGAUGAUGUUUUGGUGUUGACUCGUGAUAAUUUUCUCCAUGCAGUUAAUGAAAAGGAUAUAAUACUAGUUGAAUUUUAUGCGCCAUGGUGUGGCCAUUGCAAGCAGCUAGCUCCUGAGUAUGCUGCUGCAGCAAAAGAGUUGAAAGAGGAUGGUAUAAGAUUAGGUAAAGUAGAUGCCACAAAGGAGCAAGAGUUGGCAAAAGAGUUUUUAGUGUCUGGUUACCCAACAAUUAAACUCUUCAAAAAUGGUCAGCCUGUUGAAGAUUACAGUGGUGCAAGAACUAGCAAAGCUCUAGUGGAUUACAUGCACAUGCAUGCUGAUCCUAAUUAUGUACCACCUAAAUCUGCUGUCAUUGUUCUCACUGCUGCUAAUUUUUCUAAAACCAUCACGUCAAACGACCUCAUCCUUGUGGAAUUUUAUGCUCCCUGGUGUCGACAUUGCAAGGCUCUUGAACCAGAGUAUGAGGCUGCAGCACAUGAUCUUCAAGCUAACAACAUCCCUCUGGCCAAGAUUGAUGGAACAGAGGAAAAAGAAAUAGCUGAUGAAUAUGGAGUUUCUGGAUAUCCAACUAUGUUGGUAUUUCGCAGUGGCAGAAAAUUUGAUUACAAGGGUAAACGGGAUCAUUCUGGAAUUGUUGAAUAUAUGAAGGAGCAAGCCAAAUUGCCCUCAAGAGAAGUAAAAACUGCAGUAGAGGCCCAGAACAACUUUGCAAGGAAAGAUGCAAAUGUAAUUGCCUAUUUUUCAGAAAAGAAUGAUAUGUUCGAUGAAUAUAUUGGAGCUGCAAAUGAAUUAAGAGGUAAGUUGUCAUUCUUCCAUACUUUUGAUGAAGCAGCUGCUGAACAUUUAAAGUUGAAAGUCAACACCGUUACCAUCCAUAUGCCAGAGAUAUAUCACUCAAAGUAUGAGGACAAAAGCUCCAAGUAUACUAAGACAACUGGAACAUACAAGGAAAUUGCUGCCUUCAUAUCCAAAAAAAGUAUACCACUGGUUGGGCAACGCACAAGAAGUAACAUGGAAUUUAAAUAUACUACUCAACCUCUUGUAGUAGUAUAUUAUGAUGUAAACUUUUCUCACCAGUAUGUGAAAGAUACCCAGUUUAUUCGCAACAAGAUACUUCCUGUAGCUGAUAAGAAUAGAGACAUUAUCUUUGCAAUUGCCAAUGAAGAAGAGUUUGAAGAAGAGAUAAAGAGCCUUGGUUUGGAAGACUCGGGAGAAUCUGUGAAUGUUGCAGCUUUUGUGAACAAUCUAAAAUACCCAAUGGAACCUGAGGAGGACUUCAGCUCUGAUGUUCUAAGUGAAUUUAUUAAAAAGCUUAAAGCAGGGAAGCUAACUCCUCAUCUUAAGUCUCAGUCAGUUCCCAAACGACAAGAUGGUCCUGUGCGUGUGGUUGUAGCUAAAAGUUUUGAGGAGGAAGUAAUGCUUACUAAGAAAGAUGUACUCAUAGAAUUUUAUGCUCCGUGGUGUGGUCAUUGUAAGAACCUGGAGCCAGUAUAUAAGAAAUUAGCUAAGCAGUUAUUGACAACUAAUCCAGAUGUUGUAGUUGCAAAGAUGGAUGCAACUGCUAAUGAUGUACAUCCUUUGUUUAAAGUAGAAGGAUUUCCAACAAUCUACUUUGUGAAAGCAAAUGAUAAGGAUAAUCCUAUACCAUUCAGUGGAGACAGAUCUCUAAAGAAACUUAAGGAAUUUGUUGCUCAAGAAACCAGUUCAGAUGACGGAGAGGAUAAACAGAGAGAUGAAUUAUAGACAAAGUAUCAUGUUUUUUUUAAAAUGUACAUCACUCAAAGAAAAUGGGAGUACACAGGAAGAUAAAAAACUUGCUUUUAAUUAAAGUACUGCUACCAUUGGUUAGGGUUAGGCUUGGAUAGUCCAAAAGAAAGAGUAUAUCCAAGUUAGCUUUGUUUUGAAGAUUUGUAAAUCUUAAUUUUAUUCAAAAUGCAUAUUUUUUCUGUGUUAGAUGUUCAUUAAUUGUAUUUGUUAAUACAGUAGUUCAAACAUUUUUCUUUUAAUUAAUAGUUACUAAUUAAAACUAAUAAUAAUAAUCACUAGUCCUUUGAGUGUGCAUUUGCACAUUUAUACCUAAUAGUUCCAACCAAAUGACUGAAUUUUGUUUUGCCCUGUACACAGCAUGUUAGUGAACACAGUGUGUUGUCGUUUACAACCAUUGUAGAUAAAUACUGAUCAUUGUUCAGUGAUGCCAAACAAAAUUUUUUCAUCACAACUGGUUUCUCUAGUGGAAGUAUUUAGGUGUAAUAAAAAAAAUUCAAUGCCUGAUCAAAUUUCAUAAACAUGAGUUGGAUAUCAUGCAUGCAAUAUUGCCUGAUAGCAUUCCCAUACUGUACUCAUCCACCACAAGGGUACAUAAAAAUUUAAAUAACAUGCCUGAAAAGUCAAAAUAUGCAAUGAAAAUAAUGAUUUUCAAGGACUUUUCAUAUGAUUUUUAAAUUUUAAAUGUCAAAAAUAUAGAAAAAUGUGAUUUUAUUGCAUAUUUUGGCCCCUAAUACGUGCAGUUCUACUACUUGCCAGCUCUGCAGUUGCGCUAUGACUCAUUUACACUAUUUGUUGCAGUAGUAAAAGUGAAAUCUAUUUAAGUUUACAAGUUAGAAAAAAAAAAUUACAGGGUUAGGGGCAUUAUUGAAAUGCAUACAUGGCAUAUCUGGACUUUUGCAAUACAGUAUCCAGCUUGUACUGCACAUUAUUCAGGAUAGAAUGGCACCAGAAAUUUUUUCACAAGGACAGAUACUUUGAAAAUUAGUCUUGGGACAUUGGCAAUGCAUUCAAAUAGUUCCAUUUGCAAAUGUAUAUUUGUAAAUUAUUAAUCUUGAAAGUUGCAGAGUAUGCAAUGUAUUUAACUUUGACUUACUGUAGUUGAGCUGCAGUUAAGGGCUGUGGGUGAUUCUCAAGCUAGUGAUUGCAUAUAACAAUAUUGUUCAAACAGGACUAGUCACACUUUUCAUUUUGAGGUUUCAAGUGCUUUUCUUUCUGCUUAACACUUUCUCUUUUAGAGAUCAGAAAAACUUGGUAGGAAUUAAUGUAGAGGGCACAGGCUUCAGCUACAUUCCAUGCACAGAAUGUUAAAUUCUGCCUUGUAUUUUUGUGAUGGAAGUUUUUUAUAAUUUUCUACAAUAAAAUCCAUAAAUAAA